AUGUUCGAAGUCACCAUCAUGUUGUUUUCGACGAGCGCGAGAAAGAACAUUGCCGUGGACCACGCCCGGCUCACGCCAGACAUCUCCGCCAAGCGAGCGCGGCAAGAUUUCCUCCUCUUCAUGCCCGGAGUCACGGCAUCUCUGCUUGUGUUUCUAGUCUUUGGCACCACGAAGCCGUUCAUCGAGUACAUGCGCAAGUGCCUCUCGAGACUCUUCACGAGACGGCCCAGGAGGAGGACCGCGUCGACGGAGGCACUGCCUUUGCGGUCCAUACGCAGCCAAGACACCAUGGCGGAAAGCUGCGGCGUGGCCACGCCCGAGAUGUCUCACCAAAGGAGCUUCCGGGGGAUAGUUGUGGAUAGUCCCGGUGGAAGAAGGACAUACGAGGUCUGGGUGUACGGGGGUAAUCCAAAUGCGAGGAUCGUGGGAGACCAGAACUGCCCAUGCCAUUCCGAGAAGAGCCGGAGCGCAGCCUCGUCCACCUCCGCCGGCCGAGACUCCCUUUCACAUUCCAGAGACCGCCGCGAUCCCGCCUCCUCCGACUCCGCCUCCAACGCCGCCGACCCCGUCCCGGUUGAGACACUGGUGGAACACCUGCUCGCCGCCAAACGCUCCCUCUCGUCCAUGACGGCCGUCCUGCGCGCCAACGAGAUCGCCACCGACGCCCGCCAGGCCCACGAGGAGGCCGUCGUCCUGUACGCUGAGAGCCAGUUCCUGAAGCGCGCCAUCGCGGAGCAAUUGGCGCUGCUGAUGAAGGUCCGCCGCGGGCUGAAGAGGACCUACGAUGCCGGGAAGCGCGACUUCAAGAAUCUCGUCAAGACGAUGGAUGCGACGAAUGAGAAGCUGCAGGAUACCAUGGCGAUGCUCAAGAACACGACCGUCGAGUCUGUGUUUAGGCCGCCCGGGGAGGAGCGGCGGAAUCUGAUGGAUUUCGUGGACGAGAAGAGCGUCCACGUCAUGGUCGAGGCUCUGAAGCAGAGCCUCGGCGAGCUGCAGGCUAUCCAAACCUCAUUUGACGGUGACCUGCUUCGAUUCGACGACGACCUACGAGCCCUGAAAAAGACGAUAACGACGACACCCUUACCCCGAUCGCUGUCGAACUCCUCCCAUCACGAUCCGAUCCCCGAGCUGCUGGUGUCGCUCGUCGAACACUCGCACUGCAUGGCUCAGCUCCUCACAUCCCUCACAAAACACUUUGACCUCUGCGUCACUGCGGUGCGGACGACCGAAGGCGGCGCGGCUCUCGCACGCCGCAGGGCGGCAGAGGUGACGCAGUCCCAGGGCGGCGACGGCGUCUCGAUAUCGGGCGUCAUCGCCGACCAGGAGUCGCACAUGCCGGACCUCGAGCCCAUCACGACGCAGGACCGCGCCGACAUGCUGGACAUCGUCGUUAGCGACGCGGCCGAGGUCGACAGCGUGAUCCAGGAGAUCAACGAGCGGCUGCACGCGAUGGAGGAGGACUUUGCGGCGCUGACGGCGCAGACGGGGCAGACCAAGGCCGCGUUCCUCGGCACGCUGGACGCCUUCACGGCGCUCGAGGAGAUUGGCGGCCGCGUGGCGAGCUACAUCGCCAGCGAGGCCGAGUUCCUGCAGCGCUGGGAAGACGAGCGGUUCACCAUCUACGGCAAGCUCGGGGAGAUGGACGACCUGAGAGACUUUUACGAGAAGUACGCCGGCGCGUACGACAAUCUGAUCCUGGAGGUCGAGCGGCGGCGGCUGGUGGAGGACAAGAUCCAGAACAUCUGGCGCAAGGCCAAGGACAGCGUCGACAAGCUCGUCGAGAACGACAGGCGCGAGCGCGAGGGCUUCCGCCAGGAUAUCGGGGAGUUCAUCCCGACAGACCUCUGGCCCGGUAUGGACGCCGGGAUGAAGAGGAUGGAGCUCGUGGCCGUGGUGGACGACGGGUCCGCGGAGGAGGAUGCGGGCGGCGGCGGCGGCGGCGGGUCACGGAGCACGCCGGCGCUGGACCGCAGCGUUGUGGAUGCGGCGCGGGACAGGCUGGAGCGAAGCCAGCAGCGGUAG